AUGAAUAACUCACUCGCGGCUCAUCCUCAUGAAACUAAUCCGGAGGAUGAUGAUAUGGAUUAUGAAACAUCUAAUGACCAUGACAACAGCGAUGAAGAUGUGCUUGAAUUUGAAGAUGCAACAGAAGGCCAGAAUGAGGAGAGCGAAGAGGAACUUGAUGAUGAUGACGAUGAUGAUGACGACGAAAUUGAUACACGAGCUAGAGCAGUGCAGAUUGCACGCUUACUUCAAGGACGGAUUCCAUUCAACGGAAAUAUGAUACCCGCGCCGCCGGCCUCCCCCCCAAUAUAG